AUGUCCUCCUGGACUCCGUCCAGUUCUGAAAACACGAGCCGGUUUGACGGGGCUGCCUCCAGCUCCGAGGCUGUGGGGAGAAAGCACCCGCUGGAUUGUAACCUGACGGGGCAGGAGGAGCCCAGCCCGGCGCCUUAUGGCACCGGAAAGCAGGUUUCAAUGGCAAGAGCUGCGUUGUUGUCACAUUCCACCUGUAGCUCACGCGACAUGCCUACGUCACAGGGGUUGUUCUGCAGUAAAAGGGUCAAAAUGAGGCCUGCUCAGAUUCAGAACAAGGCAGCCCUGCUUAAUAAACCCCUGGUCAAAGAGAACAAGCCAAGACGGGUGACUCCAUCAGCCUUCACUCAGGAGAUGCUGCAGUCUACAGAGGAGCGCCUGAGUAACACCGUGGAGGUGCAGCCGCCUCGCAUCCUGGAACUGCUCCCCAUGAAUGGCCCUCCGCAUCAGAGAAUAACCACGGUGGACAUGGGCCGGCCACUUUUCCAGCCCUACCCAUCUGAGCUGGUCUUUCAGAACUUCUUUCCCUCACAGACCUACAAGUUACCUCUGCUUCUCGUCAACAAAGACAAGAUUUCCCGGCACGUGAAGCUGGAGCAUCUGGACUCAGAGCAGUUCUAUGUGGAAGGUCCACAGGAGGCAGGAAGCAAGGUGGCACCAGGAAUGUCUGCCACUUUUACAGUCCUCUUCAAGCCACAGGAGAACAAGGACUACAGCCACAGAGUGGUUUGCGUGACAGAGAGGGAGCGCUUUGAGAUCCCCAUUCGUGCCAUCGGACCACGUGCCAUUCUUGACUUUCGAGAUGAGGUUCUUCUUCCAGCCUGUCCUGUUAAAGGCUCCACACAGAAAACUCACCUUGUUCGCAAUGUAGGGAACAGCCAGGCCAAGUUCAGGCUACAAACACAGAGGCCUUUCUCAGUGACGCCAGCCUCUGGGACUCUUGAUGUAGGUCACAGUAUGCAAGUGACCGUGGAUUUCCACCCGACGACUGUUGGAGACCACCAGCAGGACCUGCUUCUGCACUAUGAUACUGAUGAGGAUGUGUACAUCAGCUUGUCUGGGUCUUGUGAAGAACUGAACAUCCAGCUGAAGCCGGACUCUUUAACACUGAGGAACACUUACAUCGGCUUGGCCAAUGCUCGGACGGUGUCGCUCACCAAUGAGAGUGAUAUUCCUCUCCAGUACUGUUGGAGAAUGUGUCCCUGCCUGCAAGAGGAGGACCUGAGCUCAUCAGGGGAGAGCUCAGCAAUCCGUCAGAGCUGCGAGGAGGAUGAGGGGCGGGGCCUCUCUCAGUGUCGGUCCGACCACACAGCGAUGCAUCACCUCCCGCCCCAGCAGGGGGACAGAAGUCAGGCUGCAGGAGACCCCCCUAUGGCUUUUUCGCUCGGCUGCUUAACUGUGGAGCCAGCGGAGGGGGAGAUUUGGCCAAACGCCAGAGCACAAUUCACCAUAAUCUUCAAGCCAGCAGAGAACAAACAUUACCAUCAAAUCAUGUACUGUGACAUCACAGGACGUGAGAAACCAUUACCCCUCACAAUUAAAGGUGAAGGCCUGGGACCAGAGCUCCAGCUCGACUUUAACCUAAUGGAGAUGAAAAAUGUAUUUAUGGGUUACAAAGACUGUUAUGAGGUGCAGCUGUCGAACACUGGCCUGAUUGAUGCCCCCUUCAGGUUUUCAAGGCCCAACACCACAUUUGGCCGCUAUUUCUCCUUCCGUCCUGGGGAAGGUGUCGUUCCCCCCGGGGCCUGCCAGAUUGUGGAAGUCACCUUCCAAAGUCGCAUCUUGGGAACUUUCUCUGAGGACUUGCUUCUAACUGUCACAGGACAGCCUCAACCCCUGACUUUGACCUUCAGGGGUUGCGUCAUAGCUCCCACGUUCCACUUUGAUAUUCAUGAGCUGAAUUUCGGAGAUGUAGCCUUUGGUUUUCCUGUUACAUCGACUUUUACCCUCCUCAACACGUCCUUUGUGCCCAUGACUUUUGCCCUUCGUGUCCGGGGGGAUGGGUUCGGUUCUGCGAGUGUUACCAGUGCAGACCAGGUGUCUGAUUUGUCAAGGAAGAAUUGGCAAGGCCAGGCCCAUCGAGACCGUCAUGCACGGCCUGUGGAGUUCACAGUCAGCCCUGCGACCGGCUCCGUGCGUGCCAUGUCGGAAGUCAUAAUUAAGGUGACGCUGUGCUCCAACACGGUCUGGAGGUACAGGGCAGUGCUGGUGGUGGAUGUUGAAGGUGUGGGAGAAGAAAUCAUGAGUCUGCCUAUCAGUGCCAGGUGUGUUGUGCCAGAGGUUACGGUGGAGCCUCUGGUCCUGGACUUCCAAAGAUGUUUCCUCCGUCACCCCUAUGAACAGAAAGUGUGUUUGAGCAACCCCAGCACCCUGCCGGCCUGUUAUGGGCUACUCGAUCAGGAAAAUCAGGAGAGCUCAUCAGUGCUUUUUGGGAGCUCUGUGCCUCGAGGAGUCCUUCUCCCUGGAAGUUCAGUGGAGCUUCCUGUGCUCCUGGUGGCUAAGGCUGUCGGGAGGCUGCAUCACACCCUACGCAUCGCUGUGUUCGGCAGCCUCCAGCAACCCCUGGAGGUGAUGCUGUCGUGUAUUGGUCAGGGACCUGUGGUUCACAUUCAAAGGACAGAGCUGCAGUUUGGCACAGUUCCAGUUCUGACGGACAUCACUAGAACCCUGCAUCUGUCUAACCAAUCACCCAUUCCAGCCCCUUUUAAUGCCCGCACGAGUCAGAGACGUUCCUUUUGGCGAGUCGAGCCCAAUGACGGAGAGGUGCCACCAGGGAGCCAGCUGGAGCUCACAGUGGUGGCUCACCUGAAGGACACGCUCCCCGUCCAGGACAGGCUGGAGGUGUCCAUACUGGACAGUCAAACACACUCUGUGUCCCUGUCAGCCACAGGCACCGGCACAACCAUUGUCAGCGACAGGCCUUUUGGGCCCAGCCUUGACCUAGGCACUCACUUCAGCCAUGGCUUAUGCCAGUACCGCUUCAAGCUCACCAACCAAGGCCAACGGGUGCACCGGAUGUUCUGGAAGAUAAACGGCUCCCUGUCCUCCACGAAAAAAUGUAAAGAAGGCAGCUUUCCUAAUAAAACAUUCCUACCCCCCAUCACCACUCCCCGGAAGAAAGAUAUGCCGAGCCAGGGAUCCUCGCUCCCCUCCAGCAGAGACAAGCAGGUGUUCAACCUCAGCCCGUCUCGCGUGGAGCUUUUUCCAGGCUCCUCUGUUGACAUGGUGCUGACAGUAUCUGCAGACUCCCCUAAGACUGUGCGCCAGCAGCUGGUGUGCCACGGGAUAAUUGGCCAGAAGGGCUGCCAAGAGACCAUCAUGUCUGUGGAUGUGACGUGUCGAUUCGUGGCCCCAAUGCUCAGCAUUUCCUCAAAGAAGUUGAACUUCGCCAUUAAGAAGGUCCUGGAGAUCCAUUACCUGGGACAUCCCCAACAGGACAAUGUGGAGCUGCAUGCCGAGGUCCACUUCCCAAACCUCCACUUCUCCUCCACCAAUGUGGACUUUGGCUGCGUAUUCAACUGCACAGAAAGUCAUGAAGUCAUCACCAUCAGCAACUGCUCUCCCCUGCCUGUGUCCUACCACUGGACUUUUGUGGAUAACCAGAAACACUCUGACGUCAGCCCAGGGCCUAAUGCAGAUGCACAGAGCUGCACGCCGCGCCCUCUUUGUGUGGAAGAGGUAUUUGAUAUCUUGCCAAUAUAUGGACAUCUCCAGCCUGGGGACCAGCAGCUCCUCACAUUUUCAUUCUUCGGACAUGAAAACGUCAGCAGGGAGGUGGUGGCACAGUGCCAUGUGGAGGAAGGUCCGACAUAUGACAUUAAACUCAAAGGAGAAGCUUCAGAAAUCAGCUACAGCCUCAAAUCGGCUCAUCUGGACUUCGGUGUGCAGGGGUACAUUGAUGCUGGUUCACAGCAGUGUCUGCGUGUGCUCUACCUGCCCGGCUUCCCCGAAGUGUUCCAGAAAGUCCUGCAGCUGCAGGUGGCGUUCCUCCCGCCCCAGGAGAUCACGCUGACUGGAGUGGGAGUGUUCCCAAGGAUCGGCUUGAACUUACCAAGAACCCUGUCAGAGGAGAGUUACGGCGAUGUGCUGCAUCAGGCCAAAGCAGCUGUGGAGGCAGAAAGACUCAGACAGGAGCUGACAAACGACGGAGGAGCAACAGACUCAGCCAACUGCACAUUAACGUAUGAAGAGCUGCUUCACAUGGAGGUUGAGAGACUCCUGGUCAAAGAAAAUGCACUCAGUGUGUUUGGUAGCCUGCUGGAACAAAGAGACGUGCAUGGUUCCCCCACACAGUGGAGCAAACUGAGCAAUUUUGAGCUCCCAGAGUACGUUCUUGAUUUUGGAUCUGUCACUCCGGGCAGAGUUGACGGUGUGACUGUAAAAGUCAUCAAUAACGGAUCAAUCCCUGUGUCCUUCCAUGCCAACUGCAAACGUCUCACAGGCACAGGUUUCACAGCAGAGUUUGAAAAGGUGAAGAAUCUGCCCUGUGGAGAGACUCAGACUUUCGCAGUAAAACUUGACCCUCGAGGAGCUGAGCUCAAAAGGGGGGACACAAGUGUCCUUUUUCCAAUACAGGUCGCCGGUGGUCCGGCCGUGCAGGUGCGGCUGCGUGCAGUGUUCACGGUGCCGGCCAUCACUGUCUCUGAGGAAAGGCUGCAGUUUGACACAGUUCAGUGUGGCAUGUGUCAGAUAAAGACAAUGCAGCUGCAGAACAACGAGUUGGUGCCAUGUCACUGGAGCAUAGCUGAGGAGGUGAAACCUGUCAAAAAGGGUGAAAAGCUGUUGCAUCUGUACAAGCACAAAAAGGUCCUGCAGGGGGAGCAGCGCGUGGUGUUUGAGGUGGUUCCCUGCUCUGGUCUGCUGUCCCCUCUUGAACGCGUCUGUGUGCAGAUCAAGUUCAGCCCUGCUAAAGGGGGUGUAUACAACCGGAGGCUUGAGGUCCGUGUGGCUGACAGCCCUCAGCAGGCGUUCAUAACAGCUCAGGGACAUGGAGAAGAGCCACAACUUGAGUUCUGCCCAUCUGUACUGGAGCUGGGGCCCCUUCUUCCUCUGAGCAUCGAGGGCGAAGCUGAAGUUACAGUCAGAAACCCCUGCCCCUUCCCCAUCGAGUUUUACUCCCUGGAGUUUGACACACAGUACCAGAAAGAAGAAAAGAUCCUGCGUCUGAUGCCAGGAUAUGAUGAAAAGAACACUCUGCUCCUUCCACCAAGGGUUCCCGGAGAGGGUCUUCCCCCAGAGCUGUUGGAAUACUUUGAGAACUAUUCCUCCCAGCUGAGAGACGAUGAGGGAAACGUGGCCCAAGAGGGAGAUGAACCCAGGAAACAUUACACACAGGAGGACAUCCAGGCAGAGAUCAGCACCAGAACAGAAAUAUCAAUUGCCCGCCAUAUGGGAUUUGACCUUUCACCAGAGGGACUGGCUGCACGCAAUCGCAGAGGCAUUGCUGUUAUCGUAUACGGAGCGCCCCUCACAGAAACGAGGCGCACAGCAGCAGCUCUGGCCUCUCACUACGGGGCAGCAUGUCUGAAUGUCGAUGCCGUGGCCACAGAAGUGCUGCGAAAUGGCACCUCAGCUGUGAGCCUGUCAGCAAGACAACUUUAUGAGGCUGCAGCUGAGGAGUGUGCUCAACAAAAGGCUGCAGAGGCUGAGGCUCUGCAGAAGGAAAGAGCUGACAGGGAGGAGAGGUGGCUGCAGGAGAUGGAUGAGGAUCAAUACGAGGCUCUGCCGCUGGAAGAGAAGGAGCGAAUCACUCAGCAUCACCUGGAGAGCCUCCGCCAGCUGAAGCUCAGACACCCGUCUGCAGCAACUCCAAAGAUUCGGUCACGGACGCGAAAGAACUGCGAAAUCCAAGUGAGGCUGUCAGCAAAUUGCAUUGUAGACGACCUGCUGUGUCAGUUCACUGAAUAUGAGCAGAACCAUGCCCACGUGGAGCACAUCCUGCAGUACUGGGAUCGAGCCCAGGGCUUGCUGCUUGUCCCUCUGAACAGCGAAGAAACCCUGCAGUCAGAAGACACGCCAACAGAGAAACAGAUCCCGGUUGUCAAGAAGACUAAGAAAGGAAAGACCACAUCCCCACAGCCCACUCACACAAGAGCAUCGGCUGAACCCGAUCACAAGGCAGAAGAAAAAAUGCCCUCAUCAGACAUCAUCCCCCACAUAGUCCUGGAUGUUACAGAGAAAGACUGUGGGGGUGUCACAGAGCUGCUCAGUAAUGGUCCUCUGCCUCCAGUGGAUGAUUUGUUGGAGGAUUUGGGUUUGGCACCGGGCGGCCCACAGAUCCCUCCCUCCACCACCUUCUCUGUUGUUCCCUUUCCCACUCUCAGAGAGGCAGCUAAGACUCCAGAGUCUUGUUUCACCCUCCUGAUUCCUUCAGGAGGGGACGAUGAUGAGGACAAGAAAGGUUCAGAGGAAGAAACGACUGAGUCGCUUGGAAAGGAGGACGGACUUACGACAGCCUCGAAAAGUCAGAGCAGGGGCAGCAAUAAGGAGAGUUCUUCGCAAAAGGACAAAGAUAAAAAGGCCAAAGAGAGUCUGAAGAGCAAGAAAAAAGCUUCCGGCAAGACAAAAGUAAAAAGGCAAAACGGGCCCAACGCGGUUUCACAGGCCUCCUCCGCUGAUCAAGAUCAGCAGCAAACCAGUUUGGAGAUGAAAGUCAGCCAGAGGCAGGACGUCCCCUCAGCAAAACACCUUGAGCCUAACGGCGAGGUGGUUCUGAGGGUCUGGUUCUACUCAGAGUCGCUUGGGACCUUUGAACAGGCCUUAAACUUUGAGCUUGUGGGGACCCGGAGACUCUACCAACUCCCCUGCAGAGGAAUAUGCACCUAUCCAUCCAUCUGCAAAGAUUACACGACUGUUUUCGCCCACAGCAAGUGGGUGCAGCAUAUGAAGAAUGGACUUCAGAAGGCGUUCGUGAUCAGUGCUGGACACUUUGAAUUUGGGCCUUUACUUUGCAGCAAGAGCAGAGACAGGUAUAAGGAGAGCCGCUAUCCAGAGAACGCAGAGAAGUUGGUCAUUCGUAAUAAUUCAGAUCUGGAGGCAGAAGUCCACUUCAGUUUUCAGCAUGACACCCAAGCCUCCACAUAUCUACUGGAUCCCCCCACCCUGACCCUCAAACCCGGUCAAAAGAAGGAGCUGACGGUGUGGGCCUACCCAACUAAACAGGGACAAAUUAAGGACUGCAUAGUGUGCCACAUCAGGGACAAUCCCGAGCCUGUGAUCAUCAAACUGUCAUGCUGGGGUGUUCGGCCCGAGCUGGAGCUGGAUAACAAGCACCUCCACUUUGGCCGAAUUCUGCUGCACAGCCCACUUUCUCUGAUCCCGCUCCACAGGAGGGACAGUCGCAGUGUCAUGAUGCGCAAUAAGACAGCUCUGCCUGUGUCUUGGAGACUGCAGGGCGUCGAGGAGUUGGGGGAGGAGUUUGUGGUGCCAAUAGAUGAGGACACCAUCCCACCCCACUCUUCAUUCCUUUUCAGUAUCCACUUCAGGCCCAGGAGGACACUCAAUAUAAAGAAGAUUUUACGUCUUGAAGUUUCUGAUGCAGAGAAGAUUGUUGGAACUGUGCAAACUGAAAACAUUCAGGUUAUUGCUGAAGCCUAUGACAUAGACCUGGAGAUCACACCAGAUAGCAUCCUGGACUUUGGCAUUCUCAGCGUCUAUAGUGAGGUCAAACUGCCUGUCAAACUGAAAAACAAAGGAAAAUACGAAAUAGCCUACAGAUUCACCAUCACUCCCGCAUACGACCUCAACUUUGGUCCAAUGGCCUUCGGCUGCAAGAGAAGCCUGAACCUCACGAUAGAGAACAGCGGAGUCUUCGAGAUGCAUUUCAGCAUCUCUCACAUGAUCACAGAGCUGGGGUAG